AUGGAAUCAGUUACGGAUUCAUCAUCAAAUUACCUCUCUUCCCAUGUUCGAAACACUGCUUCACUCGUGUAUUCCGAAUUCGAGCGCCUUGUAGCACGGUACGGAGAGGGGGUUGUUGACGGAAUUGUGCCCAUCAUGAUACAAACCCUUGAACAAGUUGACCAGUUACAUGAAGCUAACGAGCUAUUGCAAGCAUCCUGUGCCCAGGAUGGGCUGAGAGUAGAGUCGUUGACUUUGAAAUUAGAUCGUGAAAUCAAAGCUAGGCGCGCAGCAGAGGAGCGGGCGAUAGCUUUGGAGGAUGAAAUUGCUGAGGUAACGAUACGGAUGAACGAAAAGUUUGCUGAUUCUACUAGGCUUAUUCGCGUCCUCGAAGCAAAAUGCGCUGCAGCCAACGAACAUGUCAUUCGACAGGAAGCAAAAGAGGCUGAGCUACAACGGGAUUUGGCCAACGCACAGAAUCGUUGCAAUGAGCUCCUUCGUUCUCACGUGGCUCAUGUUGAGCGCGUUUGCAAUCAUGUGCAUCCCCUCAUGACCGAGAGAUCCCUCCUGUCUGAGUUCCACCACUUCGUAGGUCGUCUUUUACUCUCGUUUGCCCAUCCACCCUUUUCCGCGACGGAUUAUGAGCAGUAUUUGAGCGAACAGCCUCAAAAUAGGAAAGUAUCCGAGGUUUCAGAUCCCAUAUCGGAAGCCCUCGAAGCAGAGGUGAAGAAACUGUUGGCCGAGAACCAGGAGCUUACUGAGAUGAAGCAAGUUUUAUAUUCCUUCUCGCGAGCUCUCAACAUUUUGAAAGAUGACCUAUUGACUCGCAUUGACGACCUCUCUGGGCACAACAUAAUACUUAAAAGCGACCUGAAAACAUGUCAAGAGGAGUUGGUGACGGAGCGUAAGCGGGCGAAAGAGCGAGAGCGUCAGCUUAUGCAACGCAUUCAGCACCUCACCAGUCGACUACGAGCCAUGGAGAAGUUACACGAGGGUAGAAGCGGUGGCGCUUUCACGAGAUGCGCCUCCCUGGAUCUGGAUGACGAACCCUUAACCGUCCAAGCGUCUCGACGAAGACGGACCCACAGCUGCUCUGCCGCCCUGCCGACAAUGAAGUUGUCUAAGCCGGAGCAGCAACAGAGGUCGGAUUCCCAAUCCUCACUCUGUAAAUAUGUGUCUCAGAGAGCGCCACCGGAUCGAGUUGGAAGUGACAGCAGUAGUUCAAGCGGUAGAACGCUGAAACUAACUAAACGGGAGAUCGCGCGGAUACUUGUGGAGCGCAAUUACUACAAAGAGCAUUAUCUGGAGGCAAAGAAUAGGUUGUAUACAAUUGAGGACACCUGUCGUGCUCAAGCCCCCGUCGAGCGCAUGCGCAAACGCGAGAUCGCAUCAGUCCUCCUUUCAAGAGUUUUCCAGUCGGUGCAUAACUUCGCCAGCGACGUAGCACAAGGCUUCGAUGGGCUUAUUGCUCCUGUGCCGCCACCGCCACCCAGUCGAACAUCAAUUGCCUUGUGGAAUAUACUCGGUAACUUCGUUGGACAAGCUGUGACGUACACAGCGGACGCGGUGAUCGGAACAGGACACGACCUGCCGCUAGAUGUUUCAAGACCAGUGAUAGCAGCCAACAUAAACUCCAGACUCCCUAUCGCUCCACCACAGCCAAGGAGCCAAUCGCCCUCAUGA